GGACUUGGAGACGAGUAUUUCGUUGUGGCUGGAAAAUCAAAACGCUCCGAGCAGCCGUUGAAAAAAGUGAUGGAGCUGUUCAAUAAAACAGAAUCGGCAAAAACAAACACACAACAGCCGACGGUUCGCCCUCGCAUUGUGACGGACGUCAACUUGGAUGGCCACCGCCUAGCGGAAAUAUACGAAGACACGAACACUAGUGAAUUCAUCAGCUGCAAUCUCGUCGGUAACAAGGCGCUCAUCGAGAAUAUCUUAAAAUCGAUCCCGUCAGAGUUGGUCACAGACGUAUCAGUUGAAGAAAUGGAUCAGUUCAUCGACAAAUGUGCGGACAGAGAAACAACACAGGAAGGGUCUUCGUUUUUAGAUAGUCUGGGUGAUGCAUUUCGAAGCCUCGUCAUAUUCCCAGGAACAAAGUGGUGCGGAGCUGGUGACGUGGCGAAAAAUUACGACGAUUUGGGGUCGGCCAGAGAUACCGACAAAUGCUGCCGUGAGCACGAUCAUUCUCAAAACAGCAUACCGCCAUUCAAGACAGAGCACAAUGUAACAAAUUACUUGCCGUAUACGAUGACAGAGUGCGUUUACGACAGAAAGUUCUACAACUGUCUGCAAAACGUGAGCAGCCUCCCUUCCGUGACUGUGGGAGUCUUGUUUUUCGACGUGCUGCAAACGAAGUGCUUCGAAUAUGGCUAUCCGACCGAAUGCACAAAGUACAACUACUGGCGCAUUUUUUUACUGAAGAAUCCCUGUGAAGAUGAAGAGCCUGACACUUCAAAACCUAAGGAGUGGCACAUCGAGAGUCCACCAAAUUUUUUAGAAACGUUCAUUGAACAAAAGAAAGAAGAAAGGCGUGCGAAAUCCUCGACGCUAAAUGAAACCGAAGUUUAG